AUGUUACCCUUGACCCUUCACAUCCCUUCACUAAAGCCUAAAGCGAUCUAUGGCUCGUUCACACCUCCGGUGCCUGCACCCAUGACGCAAUGGCACUUCGAGGAGUUGAUCAAGCUGGAGCCAUGGGUGCAGGAGAUGCAGCGAUUGGCAGGGAGUCCAAUGCCGCAGAAUUUGCAAAUGGUCGAUGCCGGAGAUCAUUUGAUGGAAGACGUCCUGACACUGCAGGAAGAGUACCUCAAGGAAGCGUUGGCUUUGAGACCCUCCUGGCCCGGCCAGCGAAUGGACUUGGCCGUGCAGCAGAUGGGGCUGGCCCGUAAGGUGUUCAAGGAGGCUGUCCUCUUCAGCUAUGAUCUACGCUCUAACGACAAGCAGCUCCAGGCGGCCAUUGGGAUGUUCCGAGACAAUCACGCACGCCUGAAGGAUGGCGGCGAAGCGAUUCCUGCCAUCAUGCUGCCCGAGCGCCAGGAUCUCAUGGAUCAAUGGGAGCUGGUGGAUGCUGCUUGGAAUGAGCUGCUCCUGCACCUUGGUGGUGAGCUUUCCCCCGACGGGGCCGGUCCGGAAGUCGGGUCCGGAACUCACGCGACGGUCGGGCUUUUUUCGACGUCGGGGUGA